UGUCGGGAAGGGUGCAGUAGUGCGGGCCAGACCAGCUCUCGCACCACCUCGCCGGUCACGGCGUGCGGUUCGACUGUCCGGUUCCAGUCAGUGUUAUUUUAUAAAAGUGUAACAAAAUUAGAAAGAAUAAUGGUCUGUCAGUUUAAGUGUUAUAUUGUGCUUGUGUUAUUUUGUUUAAACUUUCAGUUACGUGACAUAUGUGCCCAUGCGCGACUCGUGAGUGUUUUUGAUAAGGAUCACUGUCUGGAUGAAACUCAUGAAGGCGGGCAUCAGGACAAGAUCGAUGGGAGUAAACAGGAAGAUGAAAGUGAUUCAUUAAAUAACGACCGUGUUACUGAAAGCAGCAGUAAAAGUUCCGUGCUGGAGGAAGUGAUUGAGAGUAUUGCAAACGAGCAAAUUUACGAGGAAUCGGGUAACACUACACAAUACGAGAAGGCGAGUUAUGUGAUUCGAAGUCAGCUCCCGGAAAGGGGCGAGACUGGGGGUGGGGCAGUUGACGUUUACGAUCUGACGUCCCCUGAAACGCCAAAAGUUUUAGGAUCAGACAAUAAAGACGGGGGAGAGACCUAUGAAAAACCGCCAGGAAAUAAACACCACUCUGAAAUAAAUUUCAGUGAGAAUAAAUCCGAAUCUGACAAUGAAUUUUUAGAUAAUCAUUCUAUAAAAAGUCCUGAAAUUAGUAAACAUCCCGACUUACUCUCAUCAGACGUUCGAGUUCAGGGAUUCAUGAAAAGUCACAUCGAUGUACCAGUUGAUUCUUCAACGAUCAGCAUUUUAGCAGAGCAGUUGACAGUUGUUGAACAUCCACACGCUGAACGCUUGAAGACGGAUAUGGAUAGUAAGUCUGUAAAUCCACCAGAAAAGCUGACGAUGGAGGAAACUAUUGGAAGUAUUUGGAAGGAAGGUGAUAACCAUGAUAAGUACAAACAAGAUAUAAGACCCGCUGUUUCUCGCGGAUUUCUGGAUGACGAAAUUCCUACUCCUUUGAAACUCGUUAUGGAUGAAGACGUAUCUUCGAAUAAAAUCACUGAACUGUCUGCUCCCACCGAACCCCCAGUGUCAGAAUCUGAUAUAAGAACACAUAACAUCUCAGUACCCAUUGAACAAUUAGAAAAUACAACUGAAAAUUCAUCAGCCACCCUCUUUUCUACGACUGGUGUAUUAUUAGAAAUAAAUAAAAAUAAGGCUGAAGAUGUCAAAGACAUCAUCACUGAGCUCAAAAGCAUUGACAUGGAUUCUAAAAUUAUGAAAAAUCGAAACGAAAAUGAAACCUUUAGUGAUAAUGAAACCAGAAUGCAAGAGAAAGAGCUAGAGCAAGAGAAACUUCCUGUACCUGAAAGAUACUAUGCUUUCAAUUUAGUAGGAAAGGACGAUGUUGAGCAAAGUUACAGCAAUAGACAAAAAGAAAUGACGGACUUCAAUGAGCCUUCACAAUCUUUAAGAGAUUACGAAGACAGUUUUGACGAAUACAAAGAGAUUGUUAAACGUCCUUUAAACGACUAUGAAACGUUUUCUAAGAAAAAAAAUGAUCCUGGUGUCUUAUUUGAAGACUGCCCAGACUGUGAUCUUCGACUUCUUCCCAUUAGGCCCUCAGAGCAAAGAAUUGCACCCGAUGUAGAAGAAGAGACGCUUACGUCUCCAAAGAUAAGGUUUGCAGAACUUCCAGAAGGAAGGGAUCUUCAAAUUAAUUCGCUUGGUCUCUCAGAUGGUAUCUUUGUGUUUAGUUACCUCAGCGAGUUCCUUUCGUGGAUACAGCCGAAUGAAUUUCCAGUUGAGUUGCUGAGGGAUGCUCUGAAAAGCCAGAUCACCUUAUUCAGCCUUAUCAUGCAGUCACUGCGAGUGGAGGCGGGGUUCGUGGCGUGUCUGGUGUUGGGGGUGCUCCUGGCGCUGGCCGUGCCCGUGGUGGUUCUAUCUCAUGCCUGCUACAGGAUGGGUGGUCGGGAGGAUGAGCAGGAGGCCGGGGGAAACUGUGGCCGCCGUACUCUCGUCUUCAUCCUGGAGCUGCUUCUCAUACUUAUGUUCGCUGGAAUGGUGGCCAUGUUCGUGACCAACGAGCAGUUUUCCAGUGCGGUUGUCCAGAGCUCCAACGUUCUCCAGACCUCACUCAGCGAUGUAUCCGCUUUCGUGCACAACUCUCACCUCCAACUCCAUUUUCUCGUCACCCAGUCCAUCGACCAGACCAUUCAAGCCAUCUUCGCCGAUUUAGACAAUGUGGACAGUUUGCUGGGUCGACCCAUACAAAGGGAGAUGGUAAGGGAGACCGGCAUUGACGUUGCUCUGGACUCUCUCAGUGACUUGACAAGAGAGGCCAAAACAACGACGCAGCAAGUGGAGAGGUUCCUGGACGACACUCGUCUUGUGCAGGAGAUGUUGACGUCUUCGCGAGACAAGCUCUCCGACCUGAGGCAGCAAGUGGAGUUGUUCCGGCGAGCCUGCGGACCACGUGACCGUAUGUUGUGUGACACGAUUGAUGCUUCCGGUCUGGAUAUCACUCUACAGUUGAACAGGAUCAAGGCGGAUGAGCGGCUCAACAGGAUGCGACGCAUGGGAGGAGUAGGAUUGGAGUUGGCGGUGGCAGACGCCAAAGAACACUUCGUCUCAGUGCCUACCAGGGUGGAAUCAGAGACUAGGGACGCUAGAGAAGCUGUCAGGAGGCAGUUAAACCGCCAGAGGGCCGACGUGGACGACAAGAGCCGAGGUCUGGAGCAAUUCGCGAGGGACGUCGCGAGCAAAGUGAGCGAAGCGAAGUACGAUACCAGCUUCUGGAUGCAGGACCUGGACCAGUUCGAGUACUGGAGGUGGAUUAUCUGCAUGGGAGGAGGCGCUGCAGUCCUAAUGAUCUGGACUAUGCUGUUGUGCAGCAUGUGCUGCGGCUGCUGCGGGUCGGAAAAAGCUGCUGGACCAACAAUUCUAGUGACCAUUGUACUGGUGUGCCUGUUCACUACUGCACUUUGGACGGUAGCUCUGGUCGGUAUGCUAGUGGGAGGCCACGGUGAGGUGUUCGUGUGCCGCCCUCUCUACGACGAGCCUGAAUUCCACGUUAUCUCCCGUCUAGUCGACCAGCCGGGAGUAUUCUACAGUGAACCUCGGGGCGGCUUCAUUGCAAACGUCCUCUACGGCAACGACACCUUGGACGUCCCCAUCAAACAGCUUCUUGAGGACUGCCACGAGAACCGAGCCAUCUAUCCCACAAUGGGGUUACAUCGUUUGUUUGACAUUGAAGCGGCGGUGGAUCAGCAUCGGUGGGAUGGCGUUAGCACUCAUCUGCGGGCAAUCCGCGCCAACCUCAGCAGCCUCGAGGUGCUGAGCCCUGUACUGCAGGACCAAUUGGCUGAUCUACUUACAUCUCUUUCUGUCAACUUUACCGAGCAUCGAAUACAGAUGUCAAAACCUGUGACAGGGAAGGACCUCGACUCUUUUGCAAAACAACUGGACAACAUUGGUAACCAGAUGAGAGACUUGGCAACGGCAUCGCGUAUGGAGACUCUGUCUUCACGAGCACGCCGUCUCAUAGACACUCACAUCCGACCUCUGGAGGGUAAAAAGGACAAUCUGGUCUAUCAACUGACGGCGCUGGAGGUACAGACAGGUCCUCUGCAGAGACAAGUCAACCAGUCCCUCUCCCAUCUAAAGACCAUCCAAUUUUUCGUCAAUAGCCAAGGGGAAACCAUCGCUCAGAGGAAAAGUCGAGAGUACGUGGAUCGACUGCUGAGCUACCUGGACCAACUGAGAGACCACGUGAUCAGCUCUGCCCAAAAUAAUGUCGCCCGUUGCCGGCCGCUCUGGGAUAUAUUCCACAACACUCGACUCUUCCUGUGUCGUCAUACAAUGGAUCCCCUGAACGGAUACUGGUUCGCGACCAUGUGGUGUCUAGUGGUUCUCCUUGCGGCCACUCCCGUGUGUCUGAAACUGGUAGACUACUAUAGAGCAAGGGGCUCCAGAUCUUCUGGGAGCCCAACAGAGAAUCUAAUGAUUUCCGAGCAAGGCACUGGCUGGUCCUCUCCAGGGUACGAUAUCAAGUGUAGCAAGGAACACGACGGAAACUACAAAUGAAAACUGGUGACUUCUCGACCCUGAACCCAACAUCUGCCAGAGCACUCCAACCAUCACCUCAACCCCUCAUGUAACAAUUCUUCUACAUUCAUGUAUACCAAUAAACACUGCUUCUCCUCUUUGUAA